AUGGUGACCACAAGGAACCGGAACAGCAACAUAGACGGAGAUGCAGAUCUUGCGGAGGAGAACGCCAUCCUAAGGCGGAAGGAAGAAGGGAUCUCGUCGACGCCUACUGUACCCGACCCGCUCAGGUUAAGUCGGGUGCAGCAGCACCGGGAUGCCGAAUGGGUGGAGAGUCGUCCUCCACCAACAGGACAGGAGCAAUCACAGCCGGCUCGGGUUGAGAAGACGCAGGCUUCGAGGGGAAAUCCGUCGCACACGAUGGCGGAGAGCUCGGAAGCAAACGAUGGGGGCCGCCCAUCGCGUCAACCGAUCCCUGCGUCGGGAUUCUCCCCCUUUACAUCGUACAUUUUGGAGACGCCGCUGUCAGAGAAGUGGAAAAUCCCAACGUUCGAUAAGUACGAUGGCACGACUAACCCAGAUAAUCACAUGCGGGUCUUCAUGCAUCAGAUGAUGUUCCACGCAGUUAGUGACCCCAUCUGGUACCGUGUUUUCUCGACUUCUUUGACAGGGGAGGCGUUGGAAUGGUUUUCCGAGCUGCCGGCCGGUAGUAUUGACUCUUUUGCCACUCUGAAGGCAAGGUUUAGCACACAAUUCGCGCCCCUGAAGCCAGCCAUUCUGAUGGUCGAUAACCUGGUGAUCAUUCGGCAGGAAGAUGGGGAAUCGCUGAGGAGUUAUCUCGAUCGGUACAAUCAGAUGUCGGUCAAGAUAAAGGAUCUCAGCGACGAAAUCGCUCGACAUCAUUUCUCAUAUGGGCUCCAGCCGGGAGUUUUCACGGACAAGAUAAGCCGCAAGAAACUGAAGACGAUGGAGGAGAUGAGGGAACGAGCGGCCAAGUUCAUACAGAUGGAAGAUAUGCAAGAGUUCCAGGUGAAGAAGAGGGAGAAGGAGGAUGCCGCAACCGCGAAGCCGGCCGCACCUCAGCCAAACAAACCUUUGGCACGGCCCAGCGAGAAGAAACCACCGAAGUUCACGACGUACACCCCCUUAGCCGUUCCUAGGGCUAGGAUUCUACAAGAAGCUUUCAGCGUCGAAUCACUUCCCGCGGUCAGAAAGAAGCCCCCACCACCCGAUGCCGACGGUAGUAAGCACUGCCAGUACCAUAGGACGAUCGGCCACACUACUGAAGAGUGCCACACGCUCCGCGACAAAAUCGAAGAGCUUAUUCGGCAGACACAUCUGAAGAAGUAUAUUCGACAAGAUCGUCCUCCGCAAAGCCCGGCGAGGAACAGGAGCCCAGUAAGAAGAGCCCCCCUGGCCCGAUGGGAGAAGCGGAGAGAGCCCGAACCUGAGAGGCGAAGGAGAGGACCGUCUAGGGCGCAUCAUAGCCCAAGGAGGAGCCGCAGUCGGAGCCACGAUAAACCCCUUAGGGGUUAUAUCAAUACCAUCUCCGGAGGUUGCGCCGGAGGAGGAUCGAGCUCUACAGCUCGAAAGAGACACGUCCGGGCGCUAAAGUCGGUUCAUCUGGUGGAAAAGAAGAUCCGGUCGAUGCCCCCCAUCACGUUUACGGACGACGACUUCAAGGCGCCCGACCUUGAUCAUGAUGAUCCGAUGGUCAUCUCAAUAGAGGUAGCCGAGUAUGGGAUCGGGAAGGUGUUAGUUGACCAGGGAAGCUCCGUCAACAUCUUAUACUGGAAGACUUUCCGGAAGAUGAACCUCUCGGAGGACCUGAUCGUCCCAUAUAACGAGCAGAUCGUUGGUUUCUCUGGCGAGCGAGUCGACACAAGGGGCUACCUGGAACUUCGUACCAGGAUCGGCUCACGGAAGGACGACUGA